AUGUCAGGCCGUAUUGUGGAGCUGUCCGAGCGGGCCGAGGGGACCUCAAGGCUGGAAACCCUGGAACCGGAGGGAAGUGAUGCAACCGCCGCGCUGUGUUUUAAGCGUCCGCCGUUGGAUUUUGAGUCGCUCGGAGGGGAUUGUGGCUGUGAGGUGAAUGAUGACGUGCUGACGUUGCUGUUGACAGAGCUGGAGAAUGCCGAGUUGGAAUUUCGGGUGAGGGAUGGUGAACUGGUAGAGGAUGCGUCGUCAAACGACUGUCUCGGUUUGUCGUCAAAGCUAGUAACGGCACGAAUGGUGGACAGGGUUCGCGAAAGGCCUCCAGAGGCAAAACCGCCGUUCAGAUGGGAUGGCACGGCAGAGGACGCGGGUGAUAGUGAUAGUGAUGGUGACGAUCGUGCAAUAGCAGUCAUUGCUGGUACGGAUGGUAACGGCUUGUCGCCACGGGUCGAGCCUCUAGAGUUGCGGCGCAUGGCUGUAUCGCCCGCAUCGGCUUCGGGAAUAUCGGUUGGUGACGUUGGUGAUCAGUAUGUGGAGACGUAG